GACUGAUGACCGGGGCACAAGAGUUGAAUGUGAAGGCGUGUCUGACCAGAAGAAACGGGGGAUGUCCGUAUAAACGAAGUGGGAAGGAAAUUGGGGGAGAGAGAGAGAGAGAGAGAGAGAGAGAGAGCGCGUGGAAAAUCAAAUCCCUUUACUCUCUCACACCUUUCCUUCUGCAGAAACCAGAUCUUCAUCUUCCUCCGCGACAAAGUAACAGUGCAUGUGCCCUCUCUCUACAGGACAAAGGAGAGAGAGAGAGAGACAAAAGAAACAGAGCGUUUGAAAUCAAUCUUUUCAUCGUCAAAAUUGUCCUGGAUCUUCUUCUUCUUCUUCUUCACAAUUCGAUAAUCAUAUCUGCUACCGUCGGGCAUACGCGCCCUCUCUCUCUCUCUCUCAGAUCCCCUUCCUUUGAAUGGUGUAAUUACAUUACAAGUAUCAGAUUUGAAGUGUCUGUCAGCCGGGUGCCAGUGAGAGAAGAUUAAACGACAAGGGAAGGGAAGACAAAAAUGGAGGAGGGGAAGAAACCUUCAGCGAUAUCCGACGUGGGUGCGUGGGCAAUGAACGUAAUAAGUUCAGUUGGAAUCAUCAUGGCCAACAAGCAGCUCAUGUCCCUCAAUGGUUAUGCUUUCACAUUUGCUACAACCUUAACUGGAUUCCACUUUGCUGUAACUGCACUGGUGGGUCUGGUGUCCAAUGCUACUGGUUACUCAGCGUCAAAACAUGUUCCUCUGUGGGAGCUUCUCUGGUUCUCAGUUGUUGCCAAUAUGUCUAUCACUGGGAUGAAUUUAAGUCUCAUGCUGAACUCUGUUGGAUUUUACCAAAUCUCAAAACUGAGCAUGAUUCCAGUGGUCUGCUUAAUGGAGUGGAUCCUUCAUAACAAGAACUACUCGAGGGAAGUUAAAAUGUCUGUUGUGGUUGUGGUCAUUGGUGUCGGGGUUUGCACUGUAACUGAUGUCAAAGUUAAUGCCAAAGGUUUUCUAUGUGCAUGUGUAGCAGUAUUGUCUACGUCAUUGCAGCAAAUUUCGAUAGGAUCCUUGCAGAAGAAAUAUUCAAUUGGAUCUUUUGAAUUGUUGAGUAAGACAGCUCCAAUUCAGGCGCUAUCCCUUCUUUUGUUUGGUCCUUUCAUUGACUACUAUCUUAGUGGAAAAUUUAUAGCGACCUACAAGCUGUCUUCUAGUGCCAUUUUAUUCAUUCUACUGUCAUGCUCCCUAGCGGUGUUCUGCAACGUGAGCCAGUACCUCUGCAUUGGACGCUUCUCAGCAGUUUCUUUCCAGGUUUUAGGUCACAUGAAAACAGUAUGCGUCCUCACCUUGGGGUGGCUUCUGUUUGAUUCAGAGUUGACCUUUAAGAACAUAAUGGGGAUGGUUAUUGCAGUUAUUGGCAUGAUAAUUUAUAGUUGGGCCAUGGAGGUUGAAAAGCAGUCUAAUAACAAGAUCACACCCCACGCAAAGAACAGCCUUACAGAAGAGGAAAUUAAGCUAUUCAAGGAGGGAGUUGAAAACACUCAUGUGAAGGAUGUUGAACUUGGUGAGUCCAAGGGGUAGAUGUUGACAUCCAUUUUGUUAGGAAAAUCACUUGUUCUUUAGUUCCCCUGAUUUAUGUGGUCACGUCAAGGCCUUGGUGCACAUCACCUGACCCUCACAUCCGUUUAGAAUUUAGAUUUAGAAUUGUGACCCCCUGUUGCCCAUACUUUGCACUUUCCCUACUUUUUUUCUUGUUAAUUUAAUUUUUAUUUAAUUUAAUUUUAUAUUUUCUUCGUGUUCAGAUAAUGAAGCCAUGAGUAUGGAACAUGUUAAAUCUAUCUGUUCUUACAAUACUAUAACAAUUGAUUUAUUCAUUGCUAAACCAAGGGUUUUUAUCAUCA